CUGAAAGCUGUCACCUCUUGACCUGAGGUGCAUUAUUUUUGUCAAAGAAGCAUCUUCAUUUAACCAUCUUCAAUCUGGUCCUCAUGCGGCCGGGGCUCUUGCUGUUUAUCUGUGCUCUGCUCUGUGAACCUGACGAGCUGUUUCUACAUCUUGUGCUGACAGCCAGGCCUUCCAAGCCCAUAGAGGGGAGCUCACUGACCCUGACCUGUGAGACCCGGCUCCUUCUUCAGCCGCCACCUGUCCAACCCCAGUUCAGCUUCUUCAGAGAUGGCCACAACCGGGGAUCAGAACGGAGCAGCUCCCCAAAGCUCCAGAUCCCCACGGUGUGGAAGGAAGACUCGGGGACUUACUGGUGUACCAUGACGACAGCGGGGAAUAAACCCCCCAAACAGAGCCAGAGUUCCUACAUACAGGUGCAGAGAAUUCCUGUCUCUGACGUGAGCUUGGAGACUCAGCCUCCAGGGGGACAGGUGAUGAAGGGAGACAAACUGGUCCUCAUCUGCUCGGUGGCUAAGGGCACAGGAAACAUCACCUUCGUCUGGUACAAAGGGCAUUUGGGUUUAAACCUGGAAACCAAGACCCAGCAUUCACGGACAGCAAACUUCGAGGUCGCACCAGUGACGGAGAGUGACUCCGACCAGUACUACUGUGCAGCUGACAACGGCCACGGCCCCAGCCUCAGCGGACUGGUGGACAUCGCUGUCAGAAUUCCAGUGUCCCGUCCUGUGCUCACCCUCAGGGCUCCCAGGGCCCAGGCUGAGGUGGGGGACGUGGUGGAGCUUCACUGCGAGGCCCUGGGGGGCUCUCCCCCGAUCCUGUACCAGUUUUAUCAUGAGGACGUCACCCUGGGGAACAGCUCGGCGCCCUCUGGGGGAGGAGCAUCCUUCAACCUCUCCCUGACUGCAGAACAUUCUGGAAACUACUCCUGCGAGGCCGACAAUGGCCAGGGUGCCCAGCGCAGUGAGGCGGUGACUCUCAAUUUCACAGCAGCUCAGCCCCAGGUCUCCCCCUCAGUGCCUGCCGAACCCAGAGGCGAACAUCUUACUUCAGGAGUCGUUGAGGGGCUGCUCGGCAGCCUUGGUCUCAUCACUGCAGUCCUGUUACUUGGCUACUGGCUCAAGAGAAAAAUAGAAAGAUGCUCAACCAGGGACCCACACAGGAGCCAUUCCAGUCCUGAACCUCAAGAACCCAACUAUCUCAACUCACCUGACCCAGUGCAGCUACCGCCUGUAUACGAAAAUGUGAAUGUCAUGCGUGGGGAUGAUGUGUACUCCCUGGUCUACCAUGUCCAGCAGGAGCAGGAAUCGGGAGCAGCUGAACACAUGAGGACACAGGUGGAGAAUAAGGUCUCUGCAGACAUCUAUUCUAGGCUGAGGAAGGCAAACAUUGCAGAUGUGGACUAUGACGACACUACGUAAGGUGAUGGAAGACUCUGCUCUUCAAAACCCAUCCAUGCCCGAGCCUCAGACCAAUAGGAUCUUCACAGAUUCUCAGGAGUCAGAUUUCCAAUCUACCUCAUCCACAUGCUUUUUUUCUGUGAGAAAAUCCCUUCAUCGACUGUGAAGUGAAGUUGGCACAAGUCCUGAAGAAACCACCCAGGAGAACCAACAUAGACCAAGGACAGGGAAGGAUUCUGUUACCAGAAACUGACUCCUGUUUAUUUUUAUUUUUUUUGGGGGGGGAGGGGUCGAAUUGUGAAUUUCUCUCUCUCUCUCUCUUUUUUUUUUUUGCAAGAGGAAACAAGGUGAAAUAAAAGAAGUGAGCUAUUGGAGAGGAGGACAAGUCACUGAAAGUGGACGCCAAGGUGAGCGAUUUCGCAUGACUGCUCUGCAGAGAGAGCUGGUCUGUGGAUCUGUACAAGAGCACACAGUCCCGAGCCUCCAUAGUGCUGUUUGCCUCAACUGUCCUCUUUCCACCUAAAAUAUCGUAUCCAGUGCAUUUUGAAGCACCAUUAUCCAAUUAGAAUUAAAACAUUUACAUAAGAAUUUAUUGCUUUUGCACUCGAUCUUAAUGACAUAGUUUGCGUAACAGGCCAAUCUCAACACCUCCAUACUAGUCUUUGUGUCACAGUCCUGAGUUCUGUCUGUUGAAGCCUCUAGAUGCUUUAUGAACACAGUGCUACUUCUUCCAUCUUCACACUCUUUGAAAACAUGGUAACAUACCUUGGAACCUGUUUUAAUUUUUGAAUCAAGCAUGUGCUCAUCCAUAAAUUUAACCAAUAAAGGGAUAUACAAAGUAAAACAAUAAAAUAAAAUGAAACUUGCUCUAUAAGCCAAUACCACAAAUGGCAAGUUUUGUUUUUGUUUCAUUUUAUUUUUGUCUGUGGUUCUGGGGAUUGAAUCCAGGGUGUUGUGCAUGCUAGCCAAGUGCUCAAGUCCAAGCCACAUCUUCAUGCCCACAAACGUCAAGAUUUUUUUUUUUUUUUUUUUUAAAGCUUAUGUAUGGGGCUGGGGAUGUGGCUCAAGCGGUAGCGCGCUAGCCUGGCAUGCGCGGCCCGGGUUCGAUCCUCAGCACCACAUACAAACAAAGAUGUUGUGUCCGCCGAAAACUAAAAAAAUAAAUACUAAAAAAUUCUCUCUUUCUCUCCCUCUCUCACUCUCUCUUUAAAAAAAAAGAAAAGAAAAAAGCUUAUGUAUUUCUCCAGUUACAUACAUAUAGAUACCUAAAAGCAUGCCUAUUUAAUAAGCUAUGAAAUACUUCAAAAUCUGUAUAUAGAGAUCCUUAUGCCAUUUUAAAAGUCUGUGUAGUAUUCUGUUGUAUAACUAAGUCAUAAUGUACUUUGUUUUUUGUUGCAGAAAAUAUACAUAACACAAAAUUGAUCAUUUCAACAAUUUUUAAGUGUAUAAUUCAGCAGCAUUAAGUAUUAUAACAUCAUUUAAUUCUUUUGCUUAGUGAUGAAUAUUACAGUGGUUUCCAAAAUUUUAUAUUAUAAACACAAAGCUCAAAUGUCUUUAUAUAAGCAUACUGAUAUACUCCUGCUAGAUUAUCUAAAUUUGUAAAUUUGGGAUUACUGCAUCUUAGAUUAUAUGCAUUAAAUAAAUAUUUUUGUCUUCUUAA